CUCGCGAUAAAUAGGAAAUACUGCGCUUGCGUACCGCAGUGGCGCCCGGAGGUUGUGGCCGGUUAGCUGGCGGGUGAGUGAGGGCGGAAAGUCCGCGUGGCGGCCGCUGCACCCUCCGCGACUGGCCACCAUGAGCAGCACCUUAGCCAAGAUCGCGGAGAUCGAAGCCGAGAUGGCUCGGACUCAAAAGAACAAGGCCACAGCACACCACUUAGGGCUGCUUAAGGCUCGCCUUGCUAAGCUUCGCAGAGAACUCAUCACCCCGAAAGGUGGUGGUGGUGGAGGACCAGGAGAAGGUUUUGAUGUGGCCAAGACAGGUGAUGCUCGAAUUGGGUUUGUGGGUUUUCCAUCCGUGGGAAAGUCAACGCUGCUCAGUAACCUGGCGGGAGUGUAUUCUGAGGUGGCAGCAUAUGAGUUCACUACUUUGACCACUGUGCCUGGUGUCAUCAGAUAUAAAGGUGCCAAGAUCCAGCUUCUGGAUCUCCCAGGUAUCAUUGAGGGUGCCAAGGAUGGGAAAGGCAGAGGCCGUCAAGUCAUUGCAGUGGCCCGAACGUGUAACUUGAUCCUGAUUGUUCUGGAUGUCCUGAAACCCUUGGGACAUAAGAAGAUAAUUGAAAAUGAGCUGGAAGGCUUUGGCAUUCGCUUGAACAGCAAACCCCCCAACAUUGGCUUUAAGAAGAAGGAUAAGGGAGGCAUUAAUCUCACAGCCACUUGCCCUCAGAGUGAGCUGGAUGCUGAGACUGUGAAGAGCAUUCUGGCUGAAUACAAAAUUCAUAAUGCUGAUGUGACUCUGCGAAGUGAUGCCACAGCAGAUGACCUCAUUGAUGUGGUAGAGGGAAACAGAGUUUAUAUCCCCUGUAUUUAUGUAUUAAAUAAGAUUGAUCAAAUCUCCAUUGAGGAAUUGGAUAUCAUUUAUAAGGUACCUCACUGUGUACCUAUCUCUGCCCAUCACCGCUGGAAUUUUGAUGACCUGUUGGAAAAGAUCUGGGAUUAUCUGAAACUAGUGCGCAUUUACACCAAACCCAAAGGCCAGUUGCCGGAUUACACAUCCCCAGUGGUGCUGCCUUACUCCAGGACCACGGUGGAGGAUUUCUGCAUGAAGAUCCACAAAAAUCUUAUCAAAGAAUUUAAAUACGCCCUUGUCUGGGGUCUCUCUGUAAAACACAAUCCUCAAAAAGUGGGUAAAGACCAUACACUGGAGGACGAGGAUGUCAUUCAGAUCGUGAAGAAAUGAAACUCUUCCCUGUCCUCACCUGCCGGGCCAACCCCAACACUUUCCCCAGGACCGAGCACCUGCCCCAAGCCCUUUCUGCCUUGGCAGCUCCUGGAUAGGAUUCAGGGGAGGGAGCUUUACUUUACUUGUCUUGGUGUGGCCUUGUGUAUGUUGGACUGUAUAAAGGACCUAGUAGGUCGCCCGGCUAUGUGCAGUU